AUGGCGGACCGGCUCACGCAGCUGCAGGACGCCGUCAACUCGCUUGCAGAUCAGUUUUGUAAUGCCAUUGGAGUGUUGCAGCAGUGUGGUCCUCCAGCCUCUUUCAGUAACAUUCAGACGGCGAUUAAUAAAGAUCAGCCAGCGAAUCCUACAGAAGAAUAUGCCCAGCUUUUUGCUGCACUGAUUGCACGAACAGCAAAAGACAUUGAUGUUUUGAUAGAUUCCUUGCCAAGUGAAGAAUCUACAGCUGCUUUACAGGCUGCAAGCUUGUAUAAGCUAGAAGAGGAAAACCACGAGGCGGCUACAUGUCUGGAGGAUGUUGUUUAUCGAGGGGACAUGCUUCUAGAAAAGAUUCAAAGCGCACUUGCUGACAUUGCACAGUCACAGCUGAAGACAAGAAGUGGCACCCACAGCCAGUCUCUUCCAGACUCAUAG